GGGGGGGGGGGGCCCCCGGGGGCCCCUCUGGGGGGGCCCCCCCGGGGGCCCCGGGGGCCCCCAACGCUGCAGCAAACCCUUUUGCUGCUUUUGGGUCUUUUGAUGGUCUGGGGGGCAUGGGGGCCCCUUUUUCAAUGCCAGUGACGGACACGAGGCCCCCGGAGGAGAGGUUUGCCUCGCAGCUGCAGUCGCUGACGGAUAUGGGGUUUAUUGACAGAGACGCAAACAUAGCAGCACUUCAGGAAGCAGAUGGAGAUGUGAAUGCUGCAAUUACGCGUUUGUUGGAGCGGGGUUUGGGAAAUUAG